AUGGCAUAUAGAGGAAAGUCAAGUAUCUUACAUGGAUCAUUGAUUUUUAUUCAAAUUUUAAACAAAUUCAUACUAAUUUGGUUCUGGUUCUACUUGUUUCUGGUUCAAAAUGAGUUCAACGACACCUGGCCAACGGAGAUUGGUAAUUUGGCGAAUCUUGAACAAUUGGCCAUGGCCUAUAAUGACAAAUUCCGGCCUUCAGCCCUUCCAAAAGAGUUUGGCGCAUUGAAGAAGCUGAAAUAUCUGUGGAUGACGGAGGCGAAUUUGAUUGGCGAAAUACCGGAGAGCUUCAACAAUCUAUCGAGUCUGGAACUCUUGGACCUCUCAGUCAACAAAUUGGAAGGUACGAUCCCGGGAGGCAUGCUUACGUUGAAGAAUUUGAACUAUUUGCAUUUAUUCAUUAAUAGAUUGUCCGGCUACAUUCCUUCAUCCAUAGAAGCUCUCAACUUGAAACAAAUUGAUCUUUCCGACAACCAUUUGACGGGGUCCAUACCAGCGGGUUUCGGGAAGCUACAAAAUUUGACGGGUUUGAAUCUUUUCUGGAAUCAGUUGUCAGGAGAGAUACCAGCAAAUAUAAGCCUCAUUCCUACACUGGAAACCUUCAAAGUUUUUAGCAAUCAAUUGAGUGGAGUUUUGCCCCCAGCAUUUGGCCUUCAUUCGGAGCUCAAAUUCUUUGAGAUUUUUGAGAAUAAACUAAGUGGGGAAUUACCUCAACAUUUAUGCGCUAGGGGGGCUUUGCUUGGAGUGGUCGCUUCCAACAACAAUCUCAGCGGGGAAGUGCCCACGUCCCUCGGGAAUUGCACAAGUUUGCUCACCAUUCAGCUUUCCAACAAUCGUUUUUCAGGCGGGAUUCCUUCCGGCAUCUGGACAUCCCCGAACAUGGUAUCGGUGAUGUUAGAUGGAAAUUCAUUCUCAGGGACACUUCCAAGUAAAUUGGCAAGGAAUUUGUCUAGAGUGGAGAUCGCUAACAACAAGUUUUAUGGUCCAAUUCCUGCUGAAAUCUCUUCCUGGGUGAACAUCUCUGUGCUCAAUGCCAGCAACAAUAUGUUGUCUGGAAAAAUUCCAGUGGAAUUGACCAGUCUUUGGAACAUCACUGUUCUGUUGCUUGAUGGGAAUCAAUUCUCGGGUGAACUUCCAUCCCAGAUCAUCUCAUGGAAGUCUUUCAAUAAGUUAAAUCUCUCAAGAAACAAACUUUCUGGCCUAAUUCCCAAGGCAUUAGGUUCUUUAACCAGCCUUAGUUACCUCGACCUGUCAGAAAACCAGUUCUCAGGUCAAAUUCCUCCUGAACUUGGCCAUUUGAACCUUAUUAUCCUCCAUCUUUCGUCCAACCAACUCUCUGGGAUGGUCCCCAUUGAGUUUCAACAUGAAGCAUAUGAAGACAGUUUCUUGAACAAUCCCAAGUUGUGUGUCAAUGUUCCCACUCUGAACCUCCCUAGAUGUGAUGCCAAACCCGUCAACUCCGACAAAUUGUCAACCAAAUAUCUCGUUAUGAUCCUAAUUUUCGCUCUAGCUGGUGCUUUCGUCACCCUGUCCAGGGUUCAUAUCUAUCAUAGGAAGAAUCACAGUCAGGACCAUACAGCUUGGAAAUUUACUCCAUACCAUAAACUAGAUCUCGAUGAAUACAACAUAUUGUCCAGUUUGAUAGAAAAUAAUCUGAUCGGAUGUGGUGGGUCAGGGAAAGUAUACCGAAUUGCUAAUAACCGUUCUGGUGAACUCUUAGCGGUUAAAAUGAUUUCUAAUAACAAGAGAUUGGAUCAAAAGCUUCAGAAAAAAUUCAAAACAGAAGUCGAGAUAUUGAGCACCAUACGCCAUGCCAAUAUAGUGAAGUUGUUGUGCUGCAUAUCAAAUGAAACCUCAAGUCUUCUUGUUUACGAGUACAUGGAGAAGCAGAGUUUGGAUAGAUGGCUUCAUAGGAAGAAGCAGAGAACAUCGUCCAUGACAAGUUCAGUUCAUAACUUCGUCUUGGAUUGGCCAACAAGGUUGCAGAUUGCCAUUGGAGCUGCAAAAGGCCUAUGCCACAUGCAUGAAAACUGCUCUGCCCCGAUCAUACACCGAGAUGUGAAGUCCAACAACAUCUUGCUAGAUGCUGAGUUCAACGCGAAAAUUGCGGAUUUUGGAUUAGCCAAGAUGUUGGUCAAGCAAGGAGAGCCCGACACCAUGUCAGGAAUUGCAGGCUCUUACGGAUAUAUUGCCCCUGAGUAUGCUUAUACAACAAAGGUGAACGAGAAGAUCGAUGUAUAUAGCUUUGGAGUAGUCCUGCUUGAGCUAGUGACGGGGAGAGAACCCAACAGCGGGGACGAGCACAUGUGCCUUGUAGAAUGGGCAUGGGAUCAGUUCAAAGAAGGGAAAACCAUUGAGGAAGUGAUGGAUGAGGAGAUCAAGGAACAAUGUGAAAGAGCACAAGUGACCACUCUCUUCAGUCUAGGCCUCAUGUGCACUACCACAUUACCAUCCACUAGGCCAACAAUGAAAGAGGUUUUGGAAAUUCUUCGACAAUGCAGUCCUUAGGAGGGCCAUGGUAGAAA